AAGACAUUGUCGGCUAUCCGGGACUGUGGGCUGUGUGACAUUAACGGGACUGUGGGGUGUUCUUUCCAAAAUGUCUGGGUUUUUUGACAACUUGAGAUGCUCAGAAUGCAUUGAUUGGGGCGAGAAGAGAAACACAGUGGCCUCUGUUGCAGCUGGUGUUCUGUUCUUUACAGGUUGGUGGAUCAUCAUUGAUGCUGCCGUCAUUUAUCCAGAUACAGAAAGGCUGAAUCAUGCAUACCAUGCAUGUGGUGUUAUAGCCACUGUUGCAUUUUUAAUGAUAAAUGCAGUGUCCAAUGGCCAGGUUCGUGGAGAAAGCUACAGUGAGGGAUGUUUGGGGCAAACUGGUGCCCGUAUUUGGCUUUUUAUUGGCUUCAUGUUGUCCUUUGGUUCUCUGAUUGCAUCCAUGUGGAUUUUGUUUGGCGGUUAUGUAGCAAACGGUAACCCAGUGGUAUAUCCUGGAAUUGCCAUAUUUUUUCAGAAUGCUUUCAUUUUCUUUGGGGGAUUGGUUUUCAAAUUUGGCCGGACUGAAGAUUUAUGGCAGUAAAAUGACUUGAAAGACAACACUUCCCCCCCCCCCCUUUCUUAACACAUUCCUAAUUAUAAUCCAUUUAUUUGAAACACACCUUUAUUUUUCAAGAGUACUGGAAAUAUGUACCACUGAAUACUUUAUUAUAAGCUUUUGCACUUUUUAUUUGUUUUGACUUAACAGCUGUUUUUAUGUUUUGUAAAUGUAAAUUUGUCCUUGAAGUAAAACUGUUCAACAAAA